UCAGGUUCGGAAGCCAUGUUUGCUGAUCUUGGGCACUUUUCACAGUUAUCUAUUAAGAUAGCUUUCACUUUUGCAGUUUACCCAUCACUGAUUCUUGCUUACAUGGGACAAGCGGCUUACCUUUCAAAACAUCACACCCUUGAAACAGGCUACCGGAUUGGAUUCUAUGUUUCUGUACCUGAAAAGCUAAGGUGGCCCGUUCUUGGCAUUGCAAUACUAGCAGCCGUGGUGGGAAGCCAAGCUAUCAUAACGGGAACAUUUUCUAUAAUCAAGCAAUGCUCUGCUUUAGGUUGUUUCCCAAGGGUCAAAAUUACACACACGUCUUCGAAAUUCCAUGGCCAGAUUUAUAUCCCAGAAAUCAACUGGACAUUGAUGUUCCUAUGUUUGGCAGUCACUAUUGGGUUUCGAGACACAAAACACAUAAGUAAUGCAUCAGGUCUGGCAGUUAUAACUGUCAUGCUGGUCACCACAUGCCUAAUGUCACUCGUCAUUGUUCUGGUCUGGCACAAGAGUGUCUUCCUAGCUAUCUUCUUCAUCCUCUUCUUCGGCUCCAUUGAGGCGCUCUACUUCUCGGCUUCCCUCAUCAAGUUCUUGGAAGGCGCGUGGGUCCCGGUUGCCCUCUCAUUCAUUUUUCUACUCAUCAUGUACAUCUGGAACUACGGAACGACGAAGAAAUACGAGUUUGACGUUCAGAACAGCGUCCCCAUCAACUGGCUCCUCCAGCUAGGCCCGAACCUCGGCAUCGUGAGGGUUCGUGGCAUAGGCCUCAUACACACUGAGCUCGUCUCGGGGAUUCCCGCCAUUUUCUCCCAUUUUGUCACCAACCUCCCCGCCUUCCACCAGGUCCUUGUCUUCCUCUGUAUCAAAUCGGUCCCAGUCCCACACGUGCGGCCCGAGGAGAGGUACCUGGUGGGCCGGAUCGGCCCACCAGAGCACCGAGUCUACAGGUGCAUAGCAAGGUACGGCUACCGGGACGUUCACCUGGAUGACAUCGCAUUCGAAAAGGAUCUCCUUUUCAGUAUCGAGCAAUUCAUCCGUUCAGAGGGGGCCCCACGGCCAUCAGGCAGAGAAGAAGUCAUUAAGGAACUUAGACAUUCAACAAAUUUCGAGGACGACGAGAAGAUGACCGUCAUCGGGACCACUUCCACAUACAUGGAAGGGAAGAGACCGUGGGACGAUAGCGAAAGCACGUCGGAAGGAGAGUUUAGAGAGAUUUGCUCGCCGAAGAUCCCACCGAAAAGAAGAGUGAGGUUUUUGUUACCGGAGAGCGGUGCUGGUGGAGAUGUGGUGGACGUUGAUCCGCCCGGGGUAGUAGCGGAACUCAGGGAUUUGAUGGAAGCCAGAGAGUCAGGGAUGGCAUUCAUAUUGGGGAACUGCUACGUGAAAGCAAAGAGUGGUUCAAGCCUGUUCAAGAGAUUAGUGAUCAACAUAGGUUAUGAUUUCUUGAGGAGGAACUCUCGUGGACCCACCUAUGCCCUGAGCUUCCCCCGAGCUUCCACUUUAGAGGUCGGCAUGAUCUACCUCGUGUGAUAUAAUAACAACAAGCAAGCAGCAUUUCCAGGUCGGGCAAUGCUAGGAAAAUGUCACUUGUGACACCACUUUUGACACCAAAGAACAAGCACGGACAUUGACGGGUACCCCCACACAAACGCUGAUUGUCUGUGCUUGCCUUUCAUGUCAAAAAUGGUGUCACAAGUAGGAUCCCCCCAAGCUUUUUUCUUGCAGGUUUCUAGCUGUUUAAAUUACUGUAAAUUGUAGGUUUUGCGCCUGUGAAAAAUUGAACUAGCUAUAGCUAGGUAGCUCUGCCUAGUAGUUACUAGUUGGUAUUGUAAAAUCAGUAGAUCUUUAGUUUGGACGAGACGACUAAUGACUUCUGCAGAUAAAUUAUGAUCAAAAGAGCAGUAGAAUUUUUGUAGCAUCUUUUUCUGUCACCCAAUUCCCCAUGCAUAUGCUAAUAACAUAACAACAACCAU